AUGUCAAAUAUUCGCGUAAAUCUAAGAAAGUAUUAUGUGAACCAGUACGGACUGGAAAUCGCAAACCAAAUACGCCGGUUAGAAGAUCUGAAGACAAAGCGCGCAAGAUUAUUAACAUCUUUAACAUUCUUGAAGAGAUGUCGAGAUCAUCGUCUCAUUCCUACGUGUGUGAAAAUAUCAUCUAAAAAGAACAUACGGGGAAGCGCCAAGAUCGUUAACAAGGCAAGUUUUAAGUUGUUACGGACGGUGAUUCGUCAAACCCGCCGUGAUCUACGCAGUAACGACCGGUACGUAGAACAAACGUCCCUUAAUAUAAAGACAGUAUUGACACCAAGUGAUUUUAAUGAUUGCAUUGAAACUUUAAAUAAGCGCGAAACAUCUAAAUUUAACCAAUGCAAAAACAAACAUAUAUUAAAAUACCAAAAAUUAGUCGAGAAAUAUAACAUCAAAAAGAAAACCAAAAACAAUAACGGAACGCGCCCGUCUACCACAGUUUCAAAUUCGUGCGUACGUCAAACAGUUGUCAAUCUGUCAAAACAAACAUUGGACGAAUCUACUAUUCAAGUACUAAGUAAAGGCUUAAAUUUUGCUGUUGCGCCGACACGCAUCCCUUAUGAGAAUAUUAUUUGUGCAGUUGAAGAUGCUCUGGCCAAAAAUAGUAUGAAAUCUGAGGAUAUGGAGGCCAUACGUCAAGAUGUUUCAUCUUUGUUACGUCGUAGCUCAAGGCCCAAACCUAAUCUCAACAAACAACAGUAUUUAGCGUUGAAGAACUUACGCAGCAGGUCAGACAUUAUGAUACUACGCGCAGACAAGGAAAUGCCACCGUCG